AUGUCAGCUAUCGUGACUAAAAUCGUUGAAAAAUACAAUCUCAGCCCCAAGAUGAGUGUGUCCGAUCUCAGUAAAUAUACCUCAGAAUUUCUUGAAAACCUUACCGAUGAUAGAAAGCGGAAUCAAGGUCGACAACGUCUUCGAGAUGGUUUUAAAUUUAGCAGUGAUCAGGGUAGUUGCAAAAUAGCUAUAGCUUCUCCCCCUAAAGAUUUGGAAGAAGAGAUUAUCAGAGAGAUAACUAAACGAAUCUUACAGAAUAGAUAUGGAUUUAGCGGGAGACAAGUGGAUGAUUUAUUCUCUACCCAGAAAAAUGGAAGUACGUUCGAAGAGCCAUUGCCCUGCAAUAGAGACGUAAAUAUUGCAAUUUCUAACAAAUCCUCGAAAGGAAUGGAGGAAGAAACUAUCGGAGAUAUGGCACAUCGGCUUUUACGGGAUAAGCUUAGCAUUAGAGAUGUAAGAGCUGAAGCUUAUGCCUUAGCCCUAUUAGCAUUAAAUGCUAAUGCUGGUUCGUCACGUCUUUCACGGCUUCGAAGAGAAUUAAGAAAUAUUGGUGCUUCAUUCCAGAUUAUCGAGGCCACGAAAUUUUCAGAUAUUACAGAAGAUGUCAACAAAAUUCAGAGUGUCAAUCGGAAAAAAGCUGAAGCUAAACGUAUCGAUUAUCCAGAUGAAUUUACAUUAGAAUCAGUCAAAGAAAGAUUAGAUGCGUAUGAUAUUAAAACUUUACCUGAUUGUCAGGCUCUUGCUGAUGUUAUG